AUGCCUCAACAACAACAGUUUCAUCAAGCAGUACAACCUCCAGCUAAUCCUCCACUUGAGGACCUUGUCCGACAAAAUGUUUCUUCAAUUAAGAACAUGGAGACAAUGCUUAGCCAACUUGCAACCACAGUCAAUCAGUUGCAAGCACAAGGUUCUGGAAAGCUUCCUGCACAACCACAAAUCAACCCUAAUAGUGCAAAUACAAGCAAUGUAAGUGCUAUCACUUUACGUUUUGGAAAAACAACUAACUUUCCUGCAGGUAAUGAUGUUGUCGUUGAAGAUGAUUCCGAUGAAGAUGAUUCAACAACCCCUGAUGUUACUAUACAUAGAGUUGAUUCUACAAGUGAUGCACUUCCUGAUCCUAAUCCUGAAGCUAGAUUUGCGGUCCCUCCUCCUUUCCCCCAAAGAGCUGUGAAACAGAAAAAGAUGAACAUGCUGGAAAAGGAAAAGAAUGAGAUAAUCGAAAUAUUUAGAAAAGUGGAGAUCAACAUUCCACUUCUGGAGGUGAUCAAGCAGAUUCCAAAAUAUGCAAAGUUUCUGAAGGACUUGUGCACUCACAAGCGCAGAUUGAAAGAAACUGAGAAAAAUUGUCAGAAUGUUUCUGCCCUCAUCCACCAACAUCAGGCCUUGCCUCCUAAAUGUAAGGAUCCAUGUACAUUCUCUAUCCCUUGCACAAUAGGAAAAUUUGAAUUUGAUGAUGCCAUGAUAGACUUAGGAGCUUCCAUAAAUGUUAUGCCUCUGUCUGUAUUUAAAUCACUUGGUCUUGGUCCUCUUAAGCCUACAGAAGUUGUGAUUCAACUGGCAAACCGAAGCAGUGCAUAUCCCAAGGGUUUGGUAGAAGAUGUGCUCGUGAAAGUGAACACCUUGAUAUUCCCUGCUGAUUUUUACAUUCUUGAUAUGGCAGAAAGACUCCAAACAAUGCAGGUCCUUUAA